GCCAUGCCCUUCACCGAGCGCGCCUACUACCCGCCGGGGGCGGGGGGAGCCGGGGCCGGCACAGGGUCGGUGCCGUUUCCCGCCUUUCAGUUCCGCGACCGCCAUGAGGGCCCGGACUGGCGGCGGCUGAGCGCCGUGGACGUGUGCCGGGUGUCGCGGGAGGGGGACGUGGCGGCCCUGCAGGAGCAUCUGGAGCACGUCACCUUUUGCAGCGCCGAGCGGGAGCGCUGUCCGCACUGCCAGGGCCCCGCCGACCCGCUGCUGCUGAAGCUGCUGCGCCUGGCCCAGCUCUGCACCGAGUACCUGCUGCACUCCCAAGAGUACCUUAGCGCCCAGCUCGGCAGCCUGGAGGAGGCCUUGCGAGCCGCCCUGGCCCAGCGUGACCAGCUAGGCAAGGAAAUGACCCAGUGCUCACAGGAGAUCAAGGCGCUAAAAGAGGAGUGCCGGCGGAGGAAGAAGAUGAUCAGCACUCAGCAGAUGAUGCUGGAGGCCCGAGCCAGCUACCACCAGUGUCACCUUUGUCAAAAGGCUUUUAUGAGCUAUUCCUUUUUACAAAGUCACAUGCAAAGACGUCAUCCAGAAGAAUCUCAGAUUGCAGAGCAGAAGAGGAAAGCAAAGACAGACAAAUUGCAGGAUGAGAUUGAUAAACUGAAGGAGCAGUUGCAGCUCACCAAAUCGCAGUUAGAGGCUGAACAGCAGGCUAACGUGGUCAGGUUUUCUAAGGAAUGUGAACAGCAAAAAUCAAAAGAAGAAGAAAUUCUGCAGUCAUUUCAUAAAUGGAAAGAGGAGGAGAAAGAGAAAUUGGCUGAUGAAAUAGAAAAAGUGAAAGAGAUGUUUAUGAAAGAGCUUAAAGAGUUGUCUUCAAGAAAUUCAACAUUAGAAAAUCAACUGGUAGAAUUACGAAAGUCUAGUAUGCCACAAAAAUCCAACUUAGGGACACUGAAAGACAGCCAGGACUUUACAGAAGAGGAACCUCAGAGUCCUCAGGAUUAUCACAGCGUGGUCAAGCUUCUUGAAAAACAGGAAAAUAAGUGGACAUCUAGAAUACAAGCCCUAAAUCAUGACCAUGAGACAGAAAAGGCCCUGCUGCUGUCACAGAUUGAGAAACUUAAAUUAUCAGUGAGAGAAGACCUGAAUAAAAAUAAUGCCUUUUACAAGAGAAGGAUAGAAGAGUUGGGGCAGAGGCUUCAGGAGCAGAAUGAUCUGAUUGUUACUCAGAAGAAGCAGAUUAAAGAAUUGUCCACAAGGUCAGUUGGAAACAUUAAACCAUAUGAAGUGAACACUACUGUAGAGCAUCUUCAAGAAUCUAAACCAAGUCUACAGCUGAUGCAUGAGCAGGCACCCUUGGUACAUAUGCUGGAGCCCAUAGAGGAGCUUUCAGAAGAGGAAAAAGAAACUGAGAGAGUUGAUCGUAAAACAAGUAGAAGUAACCAGUAUUUAUUAAAUGCUUUGAAGACUGAUCCUUCUUUAACUAAAAAAUUACGAGUAUUUUUGGAGCAAGCCUUGGAGGAGAAGCUGGAAUCUUUGGGAAUUAAAGCAGGUGUCCGUGGUAUCCCAAGUGAUCGCUUAAAUAAAAUAUUGCAUGCUAUUGAAUCUGCUAGAGAAUGCAAACAGAAGCAAGAGCCUGACUUUCACCGAAUUCGAGAGCAUCUUGAACGCCAAGUCAGCUUUAGGGCUGAAGAGAAAUCAUUGUCUUGUAAUAGACCUGUUUCCUGUCCUCAGCUUCCUUCAGAAGGUAAACAGAGGCACAAUCAACUGGGAAUUUCCCCAUCUGCCACACCACGAAAACAAGUAAAACGCUCUGCAACUGCUGUCUGCCCACCCGAACAAAGACCAGCCAUCACUGAGAAUACCUCUACACCCAAAUCCACAAAGCUUUUGGGAAAUGUUGCUGCCAAGAAGACAUCUAGCAACACAACUCCACCAUUCAGUUCAGAAGAAGAAGUAGAUGAAGAUGACAUUAAACAGUCUUACAUAUCACCAGAAUUGUUGCAAAAACAGUCAAAAACAUCAAGCAGCAAAGUCAGUGUUCUUCAGAAGGCUUCUGGCAAAAGCAAUAUGGAUGGGACAGAGGAAAGCGGAAUUGUUGGAACUGAAACACCUGCCAAAACUUCAAAAGGAACAGUUAUUCAAAAGCUGACUGAACAAGUUGGAAAGAGUCUUUCUAACCAUGGAAAUAAGAACAAACCAGCUGGAGGGGUUAAUGUUGCAGAGGCGUUUAUAAAGAAAGAAGAGGUGAAAGAACUGAAGCCCCUGAACCUCAAGGCAGGGACUGGGGGCAUGAAGUCAUGGAGAAGAUCAGGUUUGAGACCACCAGAGGAACCUGAACCUCCAUGGGACUGAAGAAGAUGCUGCCCAGGGUUUUAAAUUGGCUGAUGUAGUUGCCAAGCCAUUCUCCAUGUUUGAAAAGUCAUGGCAUUCAGGUGAAGUCCCUGACUGGAAGAAAGGGAAACAGCAAACCCAUUUUUUAAAGGAGUAAAAAGGAUCACUGUGGGAACCACCAGCCGCUCAGCCUCACCUCUGUGCCUGGUAAGAUGAUGGAACAGGUCCUCCUGGAAGAUAUGUUGAAACACACAGAAGACUGGAAGGUGAUUGAAGAUGGCUGACAUGCCUUCACCAAGGGCAGAUUGUGCCUGGCUAAUCUGGUGGCCUUCUACAAUGGAGUGACUGCAUCAGUGGAUAAGGGAAGAACUAUGGAUGUCAUCUUCUGAACUCUGGAAGGCAGUCCCCCACAACAUUGUUGCCUCUAAAUUGGAGACAUUGGGUUUGAUGGAGGGACUGUUAGAUGGCUAAGGAAUUGGCUGUGUGGCCGUGUCCAAGGAAUUACACUCGGUGGCUCAAUGUCCAAGUAGCAUGUAGUAAUAAAUGGUGUCCCUCAAGGUUCCAUACUGGGACCAGUACUGUUCAGUAUCUUUAAUGACAUAAUGGGAUUGAGUGCCCCCUCAGCAAGUUUGCAGAUGACACCAAGCUGAGUGGUGCAGUUGAUGCAUUGGAGGGAAGGAAUAUCAUCCAGAGAGGCCUUGACAGGCUUGAGGAGUGGACCAGUGUGAACCUCAUGAGCUUCAGUAAGGCCAAAUGCAAGGUCUUGCAGCUGGGUCAGGGCAAUCCCCAACAUCAGUACAGACAUGGGAAUGAAUGUAUUGAGAGCAGCCCUAUAGAGAGAAUUUGGGGAUAUUGGAUGAAAGAUUGGACAUGAGCUAGCAGCAUGCACUCCCAGUACAGAGGGUCAUCAGGAUUGCAUAAACAGGAGUGUGGCCAGCAGGUUGAGGGAGAUGAUUCUCCCCCUCUAUUCCCCUGUCAUUGAGACCUCUACCUGGAGUAUUGCUUCUAGCUCUGGGGCCUGUGGACGUGGACCUGUUGGAGUGAGUCCAGAUCAUAUAUUCAGGUCCAUAUUUAUAUGUUUAAAUAUAGAUGUAUAGCUCGAGUUAAUUCUUCAAAUUUUAGGAGGGAUAUUCAAAGGUGCCCAAAGACAUAAGCAAAAAGUGCCACUGGAAUGAUGGUUUCUCCAAAAGUCUAGGGUUUUUUUAUUAGCUUAAAUACUAAUAGCUGAAAUACAGCUGCUAAUGGUCAUUCUCAAAACCCACAAUACCAUAAACCUUUAUAAGGGUGGUAUAUUUUAUAAAGGUCAUGUUUCACAGAAGUUACUUCAGAAGCAUUUUAGAGAAAAUGAAUUUUGUGCUUACCUGAAGAUGUAUGACCUGAGUUCACCUGCACCAGACAUUGUGGUUAAUGGUAUUUCUUUUAGGGUAAGUCCUGGACUUAAUAAAACUUCUUAGCAGUUUGGAUUGGUGCUGUGUAUUUACACUCUGUUGAAGUGAUUUCUGUUUGAAGUUGACCUUUUUUCUCUAUAUUUUAUACUUUAAAAAUCAGUUGAGACUUAGUGAAUAUUUGAUGAAACUUCCUCCAGCAUUUCUUAGUCUAUGUGACUUUGACUUUCCCAUUAACACACCCUCUAAAUGGAGAUAGUUUAAAACAGCAAGAUGUUGAAUCGUGGUAUGUUAAUAAUAUAGCACACUGAUCAGAUCUGUCAGGUUUUGAAAAAGUUUGCAUUGUUAAAAUAGAGUUAUGUUGCAAGGUAGAGCAUUACUGCAGUCUCUUCCCUUCUUUCGAGACAUAUGACACGUUCAUAUUUGUUGAUUUUUCUCUACUAUGUACAUACCUCACAUUGUUUUCUAAUAGCAUCUGAAUCUUUCUGCUGUGCAAUAGAAGCACCUUCUGCAUCUUAUUGUAAUACUGAGAGAUGCCAGUGAAACAAGGUUUUAGUUUUGUGGGAAAACUUCUUUCCCCAGUUAGGCUCUCUAAUAAUGGCAUGAUUCUGUUGAACCACAUCUGAUUGACAAGCGGGGAAAUGCUGUAGUCUUCUUUCAAAAGCUGAAUGAAGAUAUGUAGUUUUCAGGCAGGUGAGGUAAGGCAGACCUCAGGCUUACUGCCUUUGUGUUCUUCUGUUUGACUUGACUCUCAUUUUGUGAACUCACUAUGCAAAUCCUCCACUUCAUUAAAAAUAUGCUUGUACAUGCUGAUGGUGAGUGUUAAGAGGAAUACGUAUUGUGACUUCAAGCACAUGUGGGUUUUUAAACCUUCAUUAUUUCAUUUUCUCUUUAAAUAAAUUAGUUUUAAAUUGAAAAGGCUUUCAUUGCAAUGUGAAAUUUUUCUAAUGUGUAUACAGAAUGCUUAUAUAGCAAACUGACCUGCCAGCUUGCAUGAAAACGUAUCAUGUCUUUUGGAUUUUAAAAUUAUGGUGAUAGAUAUCGUAAAGGGGUGUGCCAGUGCAUUUUUCUGUAGCAGUUUCACAUUGCUGAGUAUAUGGAAGAUCUCAGCACAACUUGAAUAGACAGAGGAAAAAUCCAUGUUUUUUCUUCUCUC